AGGAUAAGUUUGAGAAUGUUUUACAUUUUUGAGGAGGAGGUUGAUCUAUCAUCUCGGGGCAGUGUUGCGUUUAAUGUCCCUCCCGGCCACUCUAUCCUGGGCUGUCUCGUGACCGGCGCUGGCCAAUCACAGCUGAGACUGCACAGGGACGACAACAACAACAAAAUAAAUGCAGAAGAAUGCUAGAACGAACCAAGCUUAAACUCAAAUAUUGUGUAUUUUUACUUGUAUAUUCAGCGUUUGGCUCAGUCACAAAUGAAAAACCAAAUAGAUUGAACCGUCGCAGGCUAGCGCUAGUGUUAGUUAAUGCCCUGGCGACAUUAACGUUAGCUAACGCUAGCUUUCUGACGGGACGCUUUUUUAUGUUUCAGGAAUGCUAGUUGUUUAGGUUAACGUGCUGGAUAUCAUUUUGCCAUUAGCUAAGGCUACUAUCGUUACACACCGACUAUCCGGUCACUCUGAACCGAACAUCCAGGUCCAUCUAAAGAUAGCGAUGGACGCUCUAACAUGCUAGUAUAGGACCAUGUUCAAAAAUGUUUUUGGCUCAGGGUUUCUGGUAAGAACAGCUCAUGUGAUUUUGACAUGGGUCAUAACGUUAAUACUCUUCCUACAUGAUACAGAGCUGAGGAAGCAGGAGGAGACAGGCCAGCUUGUCCAGCCUGUGCUCUUCGUCCUGUUGGUGCUGGUGUCGGUGUUGCUCUAUUUCGCCGUUUCUCUGAUGGACCCAGGCUUCAUUUUGUCUGAUGACAGCGAUUUACAGUUCACGCUGGGAGUGACUGAGGAGCAGCAGGACAUGAUCCCACCCACCACCAAAUCCCUUCGGCAGCGCCGUUGUGGCCACUGUCUGCUGCAGCAGCCAAUGAGAUCAAAGCACUGCCAGACGUGUCAGCACUGUGUCCGGCGUUACGACCAUCACUGCCCCUGGAUUGAGAACUGUGUGGGUGAGAGGAACCACCGCUGGUUUGUGCUUUACCUUGCUGUCCAGCUGCUAGUGCUGCUGUGGGGGCUGCACAUUGCCUGGACGGGCUUCAGUUACGCACCCACAUGGCAGCUGUGGUUGCGUGCCAAUGGCACGCUGCUGGCCGUGGCCGUGCUGGUGGCUCUGCUCUCGCUGAUUGUGCUGCUCUUGCUCGGCUCCCACCUUUACCUGGUUUCUCUCAACACCACCACCUGGGAGUUCAUGUCACGCCACCGCAUCUCCUACCUCAAGCACUGCGGCGCUGAUGAAAACCCCUUUGACCGUGGCACCUUCCACAACCUUUGGGGUUUCUUCUGCGUGUGGGGCACAGUGGUGUGGGAACAGGUGUACUUCAGGGAGGGCAGCGACCAAGUCUAGUGACACAUGACAAGCAUUAACACGCGGGAAGGAAUUUCACUCACGAACAACCUUCCUGGAUUUUGGGAUCAGACGCUUGACCACAAAGUUGAGAGAUAAACUAUCCUUGUGUGCGGUUUACCUUUUAUGUAAACGCUAAUGUUGUCCCACAUUUCCGUUCAUAUCAACAUAUCUUUCAUUGGUUCAUCCCUGCACUGUUGUUACAGUCCACAUUUCCUGUUUUUUCCUCCUCUCCCCAUGUAGCUGUUAACAGUUUGAAUAGCAGGUUAACAGCACUACAGCCCUUAUUCUAACAAUUGUUUACAGCCAUUCAGGUAUACAGUACCAUUUCCCCAAGACAGGCACCUUACUAAUUGAUUUUAAG